UCAUUUUGGGAAGGAGACACCGGCCUAUCGAACCUGAGCUUGCUGCCCUGAGGGGAACUCCCGCAACAUCGUUUGCCGUGCCUCCUGGGAGCUGCAAGGCAUUUUUUCCUCCACGAGUCAACAGAACCCCGUUGUCUUGCGUAGACGUGCCUUGCUUUCCCCCCUUGUCUCCUCUGUAUAAUCAUAUCUCGUACCCACAAAAAGCUGUCCUUCAUAGCUUAGCCUCAUAUAGCAUGACGAGCCAAACACAACCUCGAGAUGGCGAGCGUAUCCCAGAGUUGCAACUCCUCAUUCCUCCCUCCACGACGCAAAUCGCUGGCUUGAAUUCUCGCCACGGUACCAACUACGACCAUCAGUACCACCAAUUCAAUAACCAGCCAUCAGCCUCCUUUGUGCCACCGGAGACAGCCAUUGAGCCCACCUCCUCCAUCUCCGAGGCCACUUCAAUUCUCCACGCGCUCGAAAAACAGGCCUCGACUCUUCAGCAAGAACGGGACAAGGCCGAACGCGUUUAUCGAGAGGCUCAACUCUCGGUCGCUCGCUACAGGGCCCUUUGUGGACAGAUGCACAACUCGCAAACCCCCCUCAUUUCUCAACUCCCAGUAGAGCUCCUCAUCCAUAUCUUUCUCUUCCUCCAGAAUACCGUCGUCGCCUCCCAAGUGUGUCGCUACUGGAGGGUAGUCGCUCUCUCAUGCCCAAAACUUUGGUCCUCCUUGCACGUCCACCCUUCCAAAGGCUCAAAACAUUUAGAGAAUCUACUCGCUAGAUCUCUGGGACAAAAUAUCGAU